AUGAUCACCUCAACCAGAAGAGUAUCUCCUGAUAAACCUGAAGUUAGAAUUGCCUUCAGUCUCGACGAUGCCUCAGAGUUGAAAGAUGCAGAAAAUCCUCUGCCAUCUUUUCCUGAUCUCGAGCAGCGUUUGCAGCCAGUGUUGCCUUGUCAGGCUUUAAAGGAGUCUGUAGAAGUCUAUAAAAACCACUGCAAGAUGGCCAAGGAGUUCCACCAGGUCAAACAUGAAAUCGCCCUGCUGGAGGAUCGAAAGAGACAACUAAUAGCGGAGCUGUUUGAGGACGAGAAGGCGUCGAUGGAGAUCGCACGUCUCGAAGAAGAGUUCAGAGUCCUCACAGAGGAGAACCGGACCUUGGUCACAGUCCACAGUCAGCGUACCCAGCAGCUAGAGACUCUUCGUGUGGCCAAUCAAAAGAGACAAGGGUCCUCAUGACCUUUGACUUACACAAGGAUCUGAACCCUUUAUAUCCAAUGGGAUCUUUGUAUUUGGGAGAGGGGCAUAAGAGUCUGACAGGGUGGGGGUAAACCAUUGUCUUGUUAAAAUCCUUUACAUGA